AUGAGACAACGUUUAAUGUAUAAGGUUAAUGGACUUAAACGAAAUCCAAUUGCAAUUUCUAUUUCAGACAAUGUCGGAGAAAUUGUUGUGACAUGGUCAACACGUGAUGAUACUCAAAGCUCUUUAGUUAAAUUGAAAAAAUGGGACUCAGAAUCAGAUGAAUUUACUGAACAUGUUGGAGAAUCGAAACUUUUCAUAGAUGGAGGACACAAACAAAGAUCUCAAUACAUUCAUAAGGUUAAACUAUCAGGAUUAGAGUCACUAACCAAAUAUGCCUACACCUGUGGAUCAACGUUAGGUUGGAGUGCUAUUUUCUGGUUUACUCCACCUUCAAAAAAAGCCGAUUGGUCACCUAGAUUGGCUAUUUUCGGUGACUUGGGUAACGAAAAUGCUCAAUCAUUGAGUCGUUUACAAGCCGACACCCAAGAAGGAAUGUAUGAUGCAGUGAUUCAUGUUGGAGACUUUGCCUACGACAUGGACUCUCAAAAUGCCAACGUUGGUGAUGAAUUUAUGCGUCAAAUAGAAUCCGUUGCUGCAUACCUGCCUUAUAUGGUCUGCCCAGGGAAUCAUGAAGAAAAAUACAAUUUUUCCAACUACAAAACACGCUUCAAUAUGCCAGGUGACUCAGAUAGCAUGUGGUACAGUUUCAAUCUUGGCCCAGUUCACUUUAUUUCCUACUCAACCGAAGUAUAUUACUUCUUGAAUUAUGGCAUUAAAAGUUUAGUAAAGCAGUUCGAAUGGUUGGAAAAUGAUUUGAAAGAAGCAACUAAACCAGAGAAUCGAGCUGUAAGGCCAUGGAUCAUAACAUACGGACACCGUCCCAUGUAUUGUAGUGACAACAAAGAAUAUGAUUGUAAUGAAAAUCUAGAAACCUAUAUUCGAAAAGGACUUCCUUGGUUGCAAUGGUUUGGGUUGGAGGAUCUUUUUUACAACUAUGGCGUAGACGUUGAAAUCAUGGCUCAUGAACAUUUUUAUACUCGUCUUUGGCCAAUUUAUGAUUUCAAAGUAUACAAUGGCACAAAAGAGGCACCGUAUACAAAUCCAAAAGCACCAGUACAAAUCAUAACUGGUUCGGCUGGUUGUAGAGAGAAGCGUGAACCAUUCUCUCAUGAUCUACCAGAAUGGAAUGCUUUUCACAGUAAUGAUUAUGGUUAUACAAGAAUGAAGGCAUACAACGGCACCCAUUUAUAUUUUGAACAAGUGUCUGAUGAUAAAAAUGGUGAAAUAAUUGAUUCGAUUUGGAUAAUCAAAGAGAAACAUGACAAAUAUACCAAAAAUUAA